UGCCAAUCAACUCAUGGAAUUUCCAGUCAUCCGGGAACAGCUGAACCACUACCGGACUAUGGCUGAAAACAUUCAAAGUGAACUUGCAGCAACUUUGGUCAAAUUUGAAUGUGCUCAGUCUGAGCUUCGAGAGCUCCGCUCCAAGAUGCUUUCCAAAGAAGUUUGCUGUCAAGAGCUGAAGGCUGAAAUGGAGAGCCACAAAGAAAACAGUGCGAGGAAAUCAUCUCUCCUCGUCUCCCUGAGAGGCAGGGUGCAGGAGCUCCAAGAGGAAUCGGCAGCACUCUCCACUUCUAGAAUCAGAACCGAGAUGUCUGCACACACCACGAUGAAGGAGAACCAGGAACUCAUGAAGAAAGUCCUAGAACUGGAUGAAAGAUUACAAAAGUGUUUAAAGGAAAAUGAGGAGUCUAAGAAACAAGGCUCAGAGGCUCUCCAGAGACAUGAGGAAUUUCGGACUGAACUUUGUGACUGCCUGAGUCUAGACAAGAAGCAUGACGAAGUAUCCGAUGAAGAUUUAAUCUUAAAGCUUAGAGAGCUGAGCAAGGAGAAGACAUUCCUGAAAGGACGAAUCGCGACUCUUGAAGAGGCUAUAAAUGUCCACGAGAUGGAGACAAAAGCUAACAGAGAGACCAUCAUGAGGCUGGCGGCGGAAGUCAGCAGGGAGCAGGAAAGAGCGGCCUCCUGGGCCACGGAGAAAGACAAGCUGAAUCAGGACUUGCUCAGCGCCUUGGAUGCCAAAACAGCCCUAGAGAGGGAAGCUAAGCUCUUCCAAGAAAGGCUGCUUGCUGUGCAGCGAGCCUGGGAGGCGUCAAAGCAAGAGCUGAACCAGCUGAGGAAAAGCUGCCAGCAGCUGGACCUGAGCUUGAAGGCCAGCAGGGAUGCAGCCGCAGGCUCGCAAAGCCAGAUCUCCUCCUUCAGGGAGAAACUCGCAAAGGUCCUUGGCAGCGGAUUGGAUAUGGCUGGGUCCGCGGAGGAUGCCAUAUUGGAGAGGAUUCGAGAGCUGCGCGUCCAGGAAGAGAGCAAGAAAAGGCUUGAAGUCCAGAUAUCAGAGCUUGUUGCACAGUUGGGAAACGAAACUGAGCUUCACCGGAAAGCCCUACAGAGAGCCCAGGAGGCAGAAAGCAAGGUAGAGGCACUUCAGGGUCAGCUGCAUCACCUGGAGGGAGAGCUGCUUUCUGGAGAUGUCUUGAGAGACAACUUGAAUCUUGAGAAACAAAAGUAUCUGAAGUUUCUGGAUCAGCUUUCAGAGAAAAUGAAAUUGGGCCAGAUAGUUGCUGACCUUGGCUUUGACAUGCGUCUGGAUGUAGUUUUAGCUCGCGCAGAGCAGCUAGUCCGCCUUGAAAGUAAUGCUGUCAUUGAAAACAAGACCAUUGCUCACAACUUACGGAGAAAGCUAAAGACUCAGAAAGAAAGACUGGAGAGCAAAGAAGUGCAUAUGAACCUCCUUCGACAGAAAAUUGCCCAGCUGCAGCAGGAGAAGCAGGCACGCACAGCCUUGGCUGAGGAGAGGGAUGAGGCCCAGCUCUCCCUCAGGAAACUGGAGAAGAAGGUGGAGAGGCUGCAGAGGGAGCUGAGCGCGUGCCAGGAAUACAACACUGAGCUCAAAGCCAAAUUGGCUGACACCAAUGAACUCAAGAUUAAAACUUUGGAACAGACCAAAGCCAUCGAAGACUUAACUAAAUCCCGAGAUGAUCUGGAGAAGCUGAAGGAGAAAGCAGAGAAAAAUCUCAUGUCGGUCAAGUCCGAGCUGGAUGCUACAGAGGAGGAGGCGAAAGAGCACAGGGAAAGGGCCAGGGCCAUGAUAGAGGUGGCUGUCAUUGAACUGGAGAGGCUGAAGAAGUCUCUGGAAGAAACUGAGAGGAGAGAACAGCAGCUGGUGGACUUCAGGGAGGAGGUUUCCCAGACGCUGGGCUUAAACUUGACCUCUCUCGCACUCCCCGACUAUGAGAUCAUCAAAUGUCUGGAAAGACUGGUCCAUUCACACCGUCAUCACUUUGUUACCUGUGCCUGCCUCACAGACACGACGGCCGAGCAUGACUGCUGCUCGCAUUGCCACUUAGCCCUUCGACACUGAUCUCCUGCCUGAGAGACGGGGCGUACAUCUCAAGUUGUGGAAUAAAAAGCUUCCUCAAUAUUUUUGAAAUUUGGCCAGUGUGCGACAAUUAUAUACUCUGAUGACAUAGUGAGAAUAUAUCAUGGGUUGAAAGUGGUCUCCAAAGGUGCUGUCCCUAGGGCCAGAGAGAUGGCUCAGCAGGUGAAGGCAGUUGCUACCAAGCCUGACAACCUGAGUUCAAUCCCUGGAACCCACACGGUAGAAGGAGGCAGUUGGCUCCUGCAAGUUGUGCUCUGCCCCAUACAUAUGCUCUGUUAUAUAAGUGAACACACAUGCACACACACACACAUACACACACAUGCACACAUACAUACACACACAUGCACACACCAGCACACACACAAAAGCACAAAAGUUAAAAUGUCCCAGUCCUAGAUUAAUAUUCAGCACUAAAACCACCUGUUACUCCAUUAGCUAGUUAAUCAAGACCCACAGGAAUACCCUAGAUUCUUGCCUAGAUUGGGGCAUACCAGCAGAGUUUGGAAGGGUUGACCUUCUGACCUAGAACAUCACUAAUGGCUUUACCUCUUAAGGUAACCCUUUGCAGAAGUCUUCUGAGAAAUAUCCUUUAAAAUUAUUUUAUUUUUAGUUCUGUGUUUGCGUGUGUAGGUGUGUGUGUGUGUGUGCGCGUGCGCAGGUGCCAGCAGAGACCAUAAGAAGGAGUUGAAUCCCUUGGUACCGGAUAACAGGCAGUUGUAAAGCACUUGGUGUGGGUGCUAGGAACUGAACUCAGGUUUUCUACAAGAAUAGCACGUACUGUUAAUAACUGAGCCACCUCUCAGCCCCAUAAACUUUAUUUAUCCUUAUAUCUAUAACUAUCUAGUCUAAAUACAUACAAUUUGACACACAAUAAUUGUACCUGUUUAUAGAUUUCUGGGUGACGUUCCGAUCCAUGCAUACAGUGUAUGGCCAUGAGAUCAGGGUACCACAGUGAAGUCUUAAUGUACUUACUUACAUGCUUUUCAGGGCCAAGACAGUUGUACUAACCUAGGGCUCUACAUGGUUAGUAUGGGAAUCAGGACGUACAAGGCAGAGGCUGUGUCUCGUACACUCUGCACUCUCAGGUUCUGCCCAGUUUUGAGGCUGAUAGGAAUGGCUGGCACGAAGGAAGGAAGGAAGGAAGGAAGGAAGGAAGGAAGGAAGGAAGGAAGGAAGGGAGAGAGGAAGGAAGGAAGACAGGCCACCCUACAGUCAGGAGGAGAUGUCUAAAAGCAGCAGCUAAUCACUCAUAACUCACCUAGGUCUGAGGGCUGACAAGAAGAAUGGUUGCUUUUAUUGCUGCUCCCAGGCUAUGAAUGGUGGUUUUGAGAGUUUGAACAGGGCUGCACUUUUCAGUUUCUCUUUCCUUGGGGUAGAGUUUCUCACUGACCCAGGAGACAGUCCGGCAGUCACCCAGGUCCGCCAUUCACCAUCUGCCAGCCUCCUGUCUCUCCAGGAAGAGUUAUAACCACCUGCCCAGUCCCACCCAGACUCUGGCAGAUCCAUCUGGGAUCCGAACUCAGGUCCCCAUGCUUGCACAGCACGCUUACCCAUGGAGCUGUCUCUCCAGUGUCAUCUUGUAUCUUUAUCUGUGUCAGUAGAGUAAGCAAACAGAAACUCCUAGAGACAUAUACAGCUAAACGUUAAGUCUGAGCCGUGAGCAAGGCAUAAACUGAUUCCAGACAAUCAGGGAUAAUGGAGACCUAUCGACCAGUUGCAAAGCUAGGAAUGAGAUUGGAUACUGGUUUGAAUGGGAAGAAAACAUAAACAUAUUCUUGCAACAUCCAUGUAAAUGGCUCCUCCAAUACAUUUUUAAAGUUACACUGCUUCCCUCAGGCAUGGUGGUGUAUACAUGUGAUCUCAGCCACUAGGAGGCUGAGCAAAGAAGUUUGACAUUAAGUUUGAUGCCAUUCUGGACCACAGAGAGAGUCUCAGACCAGCCUGGACUAUAGAAUGAAACCCUAUCUCAAACCAAGCUAACAAGCAGCCAACUGGCUGAGUAUCCAACUAUCCAACCCUCCUGCAACUCCAAACAAAACAAAUGACCAUAUUAGGUUGGCUUUAGCUCAAGCAGUCACCUCCUCGUGCCAGACUUUUAUCUGCCUAAAGUGAUAAAUGUGUUAUUUUCCCUUUGAUUGGUCACUGGUUACAUGUCAGGGGUCAUAGACGACACUAGAAAUAACCCAUAUUGGCUGCCACUGUACUUUGUCAUGUGAAACUGCAUUUCAUAUAUCCAAAUGUUAUGGACUGUGUAAAUAACAAAUUCUUGAUACAUUUUAAAUAAUUCAAUAUAUUUGAAUAUACACCAUAGAGGCAUUCAGUGGAAAGUAUAUGUGGGAUAAGCAUAAAUAAAUUCUGGGCCUGCAGAUAGUUCAUGGACACAGUAACUGUUAUUUGGACAAGCUGAAUAUGUGUUACUAAAGGCAUUUCCUUCACGUUAAAAUGCCCAUUGUUUGCUUGCCUUCCCUGUGUGCAUUUAUUCCAGAGUUGGCUUCCCAUUUUCAUGCUGUUUUGUUUCUCUAUAAUAUCCAUGUAUAUUUUAUAUUACCCAAUAAAAUGCAUUAGAUUAAUGUGA